ACAACAACGCAAACAAACAAAAGCUCACAAGCUUAUCAAAGUAUUCAAAGUUGACGAGGUAUUACAUUUUUCCUGCGAAACGGUACUACUGUGACAGUGGCAAUUUUAAAUGCUGAAUUUAAUAACCUAGUUGUAGAGCGUCAUGGCAAAUCCUGCUGUGGAAGUUAUCGAAGAAGAUGCCGCAGACCUGCAGUUUCCGAAAGAGUUUGAAAAUGCAGAAACCCUGUUAAUAUCAGAAGUUCACAUGUUAUUGGAGCAUAGGAAAGUACAGAAUGAAAAUCAGGAAGAUGAACAAGAAUUUUCCGAUGUCUUUAACAAAACUUUGACCUACACAAACCGCUUUAGAAAAUUUAAGAACACAGAUGUCAUUCACUCUGUCAGGAGCCUUUUACAGGUCAAGAAAUUGCACAAAUUUGAAGUAGCUGCUCUAGCCAAUUUAUGUCCUGAAACACCUGAAGAAGCGAAAGCCGUAAUUCCAAGUUUGGAAGGUCGGUUUGAAGAUGAAGAACUAAGGGUGAUCCUGGAUGACAUCCAAACCAAAAGGAGUUUACAGUACUAAGAAAGUUAGUCUCCUCAUCUUCUGGAGUUUUUUACUUUUUUUACCUCAAUACUUUCCAUGAUGCGGCUGUAAAAUUUUAAUUUUUUAUCUUAAAAAUGUAGCUUCUAAGUUUCCUUUUUUUUUCUUCUGAAUGUUAUUAAAUAAAGAUUGGAUUUU